UAUAAACAACUGGUCGAUUUGGCUUUGCUCUUACGUCCAUUCAAUUCCAUCCCGUUCACGUCUCCACAUCUCCUCCGCACAGCACAACUUAACUCAUCAUCAUCCGGUCAUCCCUCUCCUUGAGAUCUUAACUUUUCCGGCCGGCCAUCAUAUACCGAAUUCUCGUUCAAAAUGGUGUUCGACGGUAGCCUGGAGGAUAUGUUGCUGAAGGUGGGCAUGUUCCUGCUUGUGCAGGCUCUGGUCUACCUCAUCCUCUCCAAGUCAUCCAACAUCUUCUCCAAGAACGUCUCCAGGUCUGUCAGUUUCAGAACUGCUCGCUCCGCCAGCAUACGCCGAUUUCUGGCCGCUCUCUCCGACUUACCAGCUGGUUCCGAAUCACCUUCUCGGGGAUUAAAGGCUUCACUGUCGUUUCAGAAAACCCAAGAGAACUCUGCACCUGAUGAUAACUAAACCAUACUUGGGAUUUUGAUUGAUUGAUUUUUUUUCCUUUUUCUGAAUUUGGAACUUAUAAGAAAGGUGAUUGAUUGUAUUGCAUAUGUUUAAAUCCUUGAAGGGUUAUUCUUUAGUUCUUUCGAAGUUGGAUCAUACAGUUUUAUAAUUUUAUUUGAUGGUUAUGUAAAUACAUGUUCUGGUGUUCAUCAUAUUUGUAUCAAAUUCGCUCAGGGUUAAUUCGUGGUUAGCUAUU